UGAAUUGUCACUGUCAUGAACAGCUGCCUAUUUCAGUUUACAAAAUACAACUAAUAUAAUUUUAAUUUUAAAAUGAAUGAGGAAAUAGAUGAAUAUGAUAUUUAUCACCAAGAUUUUACAACUGCAUCGGAAUGGGAAGUUUUUAUAGCUAGACUAGAAGAAAUAAUGCAGGAGUGGCAUUUACCUAGAUCGAAACUUGCGAAACAGUUUAGCGACUACACAAAGAAAUGGUUAACUAAGACGGAAGAAAUUAAACUACAUGGCUUAGAUUUCACAUUGAGUUAUCAUGCUUUAGAACCUCUAAGAGGCUGUGAAGAGACUGACAAUACCGAUGAUCAUAGCAUACUGAAAGAUAUACAAAACGGUUUAUGGGGUUCCACAACAAAGUUUAUGGAUGACACUGAUGGAAGUUCGUUUCCUGUUUCUAAUUGGUUUGGCCUAAAACGAUAUCUAAUGCUCUGUCCUCGAUCGCCUCUUGUAGAAGGAAGUGUUAUUAAGUUAGUUAUGAGUUCUGUAAAUAUUGCUUUUUCAAAUGUCGACUGUGGUGUGCCCUUUUUCGUUAAAAUAAGGGACCAUUGGCAGCAUACAUACUUAGGUAUUUACGAAGACACUGAUUUUAAAAUAUUCUUUGACACAAUCCACUUGGAACGUAUUUCUAAUCAAUGUUCUCACCUUAGUGGUCUUGUUGGUCUGUUUAAGUCGAAAAUCUCUUCUCCUAUACCAUUGGAUGCUGUUGUUAUUUCAGUAAAAUUUUCAUAUGAACUAAAAUAUUCUGAUACUUUUGCAUGGAGACAAAGAUUAUUAUCAAAUGAAUUUUUAUCCAUUGACGGAUUCGAUGUUAAGAAACUGAUAGACAUUCCAUUUGGCUUGGAAAGUAGUCCUAUUCAGAGUGCUCUCCUUAAUGCUAUAUGGCCACAGUUUAGAGAAAGUGCCAUAGUUGAUUCGUCCACCUUUUCUGAUAUUGACCCUUUAAUGGCUCCAACUUGGACUAUAACAAUAAAAAUUCGCAAUAAUAUUCGAGGUCAGUUAUCAGAGACAAUAGACAGGGUGAUGCAAUUACUAGAAAACAACCAGUUGAUCAUGGAUGUGCUAGGUUUGAGUAAAAGCUUAGGAAUAGUAAAUCCAUUGCACAAAAUAACUGAAGCCCCUAUCACAAUAUCAAAACUGGUCAAGGCAGCAAUGAGACAAAACACUUCAGUUGGAGAGUUUAAAGGUCCUAUAGCAGAUGAUUUAUUGAUGACUAUGUUAUAUUAUGUGUUCCCUGAUGCAGUAGCCAAUAAUUCCUAUCCCUAUCCUGAUCAAUUGGAAGUUGAGAACAAACAAGAAAAUGGUGAGACAAGGCUCUGUAGCUAUAUAAAAGCAAGUCCUGUAGAUGGCUUGGUUUGGAGACUAUCAGUAACAGCAGCCAGUCUAAUAUCAGCCGGAGGACUGCCUUAUCUUGCCCAUUUAUGGUAUGAGUUUACUCAAGAACUGCAAUAUAGAUGGGAGCAUAGAAUACUUAUUCUAGGAUUGACUGAUGGUGCUCCGAAUGCCAGAACGUGUCUUUUACAUCAGAAAUUGCAGCUGUUAAAUUGUUGUAUUAAACGAGCGCUUGAGAAUUCCAAUAAUGGUUUAGGAAAUUCCUCGGAAGAGGAGUUUUUUGAUUGUACAGACGACGAAGAUAAUGACGAACAAGAAAAUGAACCCUGGAAUAAACCUGUGGGGAGGUUAAGUCGUCUUGAAGAUGCGACUUUGAAAAAUGGAGCGCCUCUAUACAUUCCGCGUACACAGGAUCCUGCCCCAAAAACCGAAGAUCAGUUAGAGGAGGACGCGGAGCUAAUGGUGCGUUUGGGUGAUGACGCAAGAGCUUCAGAACUACGAGCGAGAAUGAUGAGUGCGUCGCUGUUAUCCGAUAUGGAAGCCUUUAAAGCAGCAAAUCCGGGUUCAGAACUCUGUGAUUUCGUCCGAUGGUACUCGCCAAGGGACUGGAAGCCAGAUGACGGAGGUAGUUUGGGCGAUCGUAUGUUAUUACCUGGUAAUCCAUGGCAAGAGGCAUGGAGCGUUGCACGGCCAGUGUCUGCGGCGAGACAACGAAGACUAUUUGACGAGAGCAGGGAAGCUGAGCAAGUUCUACACUACCUUCGUUCAAGGACAGUAGAAGCGGUAGUAGAAUUGUUGCUACCGGGUAUUCUAAGAGCGGGUGCAGCUAAGGCCCAAGCCGAGGGUGCUGUGAGGACGAACUCCGGCGUGGGCGGUCUGGACACGCGUAGGACAUUCGAAAUGGCCGCUCGUGAUCUCUUCGAGGCCGAGUUAGAAGUGUGUAAAUCGAAGUGUGUGCGUAAAGUGUUGGGGAAUAGUGCCGAAGGGGAACCACUAGAUGUCGCGGGUAGGACGAGGAUUUUAAAUGCGAUGGGAGGUUUGCUUCCAGCUCCCUCAAGGAAGGAGUUUACGUUGCGUGUGAAAGACUCUGUGGGGCCGCAGGUUAUGCGAGCCGCUCUCUCUAAUGAGAUGACAAUUAUUGGGGCAUUUACUGAGCGAAUUGUUUGUCUAUAACUUCGAAAAAAAAUAAAAAAAUUGUGUCAAUUUCUAUUAAUAUCUCGAGUGCUUCAGGUGUCCUAGGUCAUUUUAAGGUGUGGUUAGGGGUCCUUAGGGUGCUUACACAAACAACGUUUUUGUUCCAAUAUAUUUAUGCUAUGAACACUGGACUGCCUAAUCAAUUUGUUAAUUUUUUAUUACGAAUAUUACAAUUUUCAUAGAUUUAACAGUGUUUAUGUUCUUCGUUAUUAGGUUAGAUUUUAUUCGAUUUUAGCAGUAUUUUAUUGCUAUUUAAAUACUUUCUUAGGACGCUAGGUAAAUGUAUAGAUUUUUUAUCGGAAAUUCUAAACUAGAGUUGUUAUUUACAAUGUUUGAAAGACUUAAGAAGGAAUUGUAUUAUAAAUUAAGAUCAGCUCGUUCUUUAUUUGCAGAGAGGGUACUAACUUAUCAAAAUCAUCUCUUGUAAUAUUUAAUCGGUCAAAAGUAAAACUAAAAUAAUGUAUGAAUUUAAAUGUGUCCAACAUUUUAAUAUUGUUUCCGUGGUCCUUCGGGCCGUUCAAGUAUUACGUAAACAGAUUUAUAGUAAUUUAUCCCCUCCCCCAUACCUCUUGUCGGUAAGCAAAGCUCUCAAAAAUAAUAGUACAUAAACGUAAUUACUUGUAAGAAUUUUCAAAAUGCAUUUUGUUUUCAAGCGUAGACAAUAGGAUAUAGGUGGAUAUAGGUGUAAAAAAGUAAAUUACUUUUUUAAAGAAAACACUUUUUAACGGAUUGAA